GGUGGGCCGGCAGCGAGGAAAUGCGAUGCACGGAGGCUCGGAGAAAGGAGCUGGCGGCGCCAAUCGGAGGCGAGGAGAAGGGGGAUACGGAAUCACCCGACCGAAUCCCCGCCUCAGUCAACGAGGUCGCUACGUGGAGGCGCGAAUGCGGGGGCAGGCAAGAAAAAUCAAACCCGCGUCCGGUUGGGGGAGCCGGGGGGAGAUGGAGAUUGGUUGGGACUGGGAGGAUACCAAAAAGCGACCCGGGCCACGCCGUCGCUGCGCCGCCGCCGAGCCCCGCCGCGCGGCGGCGCCGCUCUCUCGUCGCCUCGCGUCAGGACGAGUGGAGUGGGAGGUGGUUGCAUGUAGGCCCACGGGAUGGUCGGGCCCACAUGUCACUGGGCGAUAGUGGCGGCGUCGAGGAGGGGGGUAGGUGGGUGGACAGCAACGUUUGCCACCACCAAGGCACCAACACCCACCGGUUGGUCUCGGCGAUUCCUACGGGCCGGAGUGGCGGCGCCGCGCGUUCAUCCCUCCCCUUGGAAUCUUCUGGCCCAGGUGCGUAUGGUAUGGCCGGCCUGAUCGGAGCGCGCGCAGGCCCGGGAAGUUUGCUGCCUGUUCGUUGGUCGUCCGCCACCGCUCGGCCGCCACCGGCUUCGAAAGUGGCUGUUCGGUUUGCAAGCCCGCUGUUUCGCUCUGCUAAGGUUUGCAAGAGCCGUGGUUUAGUGGCAGCAGCACUGGAGGUCUCCAAGGACGGUGGCACGGCUGUUCUGGCCAAUCGCCAGCCCUCCAAAGGGGUUAUCGAGACAUUGCAGAAUGCCGAUGCAGUGUGUUUCGAUGUCGAUAGCACAGUCAUCCAGGAUGAGGGUAUCGACGAGCUUGCCGAUUUCUGUGGGGCAGGAAAAGCUGUUGCCGAAUGGACAGCGAAAGCAAUGACAGGGACUGUUCCAUUUGAGGAGGCUCUGGCAGCCAGGCUGUCUUUAAUCAAGCCAUCUCUCUCCCAAAUUGAGGAGUGCUUGGUGAAGAGGCCGCCAAGGAUUUCUCCAGGAAUGGCUGAUUUGGUUAAGAAGCUAAAAGCUAACAAUACUGAUGUGUUCCUUGUGUCAGGAGGCUUCCGACAAAUGAUCAAGCCUGUGGCAUCUGAGCUUGGUAUUCCUGCUGAAAACAUAAUUGCAAACCAAGUUCUCUUUGGAACUUCUGGGGAGUAUGCUGGAUUUGAUCCCACAGAGCCCACUUCACGCAGUGGGGGAAAAGCACAAGCAGUGCAGCAAAUAAAACAGAACUACGGCUACAAGACGGUCAUUAUGAUUGGAGAUGGUGCAACUGAUCUUGAGGCCCGGCAACCUGGUGGAGCAGACUUGUUUAUCUGUUACGCCGGUGUUCAGUUGAGGGAGCCAGUUGCAGCAGAAGCCGACUGGGUUGUUUCCGACUUUGAAGAGCUAAUUACCAAGUUGCCAUAAGUUGACUACUUACCGCAAUUCUGAACCUUCCAUUUUUGAUGCUGAGCGGUGAAAUAAUUGCAGCCACAUUUCAAGCUGUAGAUUUCAGUAGCAAUUAUUGGAUUUAGCUGAACUAUCUGGUUGCUUGUAAGUAUUUGUUAUUUCAUCCCACUUUUUUUGGAUGGUCCUGAACUGUUCUGAUAUUGUGAUUGAAGUAUCUUUUAAGCAACUGUUGAGUAUGAAAUUAAUGAAUUGCAUCACAUUUGAAGUGC